CGCCAUCCGAGUAAGACCUGUACGCGAGUGCUGUCUCGUCUCCCUUCAGAGGGACUCUCAAACGUCAAGCCAAAGUUGAUUUGUGGCCUUUUAUCCUGGAGAAUUUUACAGUGGAUGAUCGUCGAUUCUGGAUUAUAACCUCGCUGCAUUUAGAAGGAUUAUGAAGCUUUAGUUUAUUUACAAAUAUAGACGCUAAUUAAGGAUUGGACGUAAUUUUAGGUAAAGAAUUUAGUGCCCACUAACUGAGGAUUGAUAAAUAUUUAUUUAGUAAAGGAAGUAUUUUGGCGUCCGUCGGAAUUGGUGAAUUCAAGAGCUUAGAAGAGAGAGAGGAUUUAUCCCCUUAUCCAAUUCCAAUUCGGGAGGAUUAGUAUACCUCUCGGCAACAUCGUCUAAUCAAAUCUUCCUUCCUCUGACAUGGUCACGCCCAAGAACUUCGGGAGGUGGUGAUGACGAGAUCCUACUCACGGACCCGGAAGGAAGGCAAAGGAGUCCUCUCUAGCCUUCCCGAGGGACCCCCUGCCUUCCUCUGGACGGUCCUGCUCCUCCUGACAUGGCCGUCCUUCGUCGCAACGACUUCCCCCAGCGGCAGCCUGACGGUGAUAUACGAACCGGAAGGGAGCGAUCGCUUGCAGACCCUCUUCUCCUUGUCCUGUCCCCCAGAGGCAGAGCUGCAGCCUUGCAAGUGUCAGCUCCGCGGUCCAGAGAUUCACGUCAAAUGUGAGAACAGUGUCCUGGACAAAGUGAUGAGGGCCCUGGAGACGCUCAUGAAGAGGGUCCUAGUCAUUGAGGAACUUCAUCUCGUGGGAAACCGCAUCCACGUCCUUCCAGCUCGAGUUUUUGGAUCUCUGCAGGUGAACAAACUGUUUCUGAUCAACAAUGAACUGGUGGGCAUCAAUCGCAAUGCCUUUGCCGGACUUGAGUCGUCCCUCCAACACAUCUACAUCACAGACCCUGAGCUCUUCAAUAUGCCUUUUGAUGCUCUUGAUAAUUUGUCCAAUCUGAGAACUUGCGUGCUGGAGAACACAGAUAUCACUGAAAUACCACGGCUCUAUUCUCUGUCAAAGCUAGAGUUCCUGAAAAUUGAUGGCUCGCGGGUCGCGAACAUCCCAUCCGCAGCUUUCAGGUUUAUGCCCAACAUGAAAAAAGUUCACAUCGCAAACAGUCGGUUGAAAGAGAUUCAUGGCAAUGCCCUGGAAGGCCUGGUUUACUUGAAGGAAGUGAACUUCUCCAACAAUGUCAUUGAUUGGAUUCAUCCGAGAGCAUUUAGAACUCUGACUACACUGGAGCAGCUGACACUGUCUGGAAAUAACCUUGUUGAUGUUACCAUGGCAGUCCUGGCUGCCAGGGACCUCAGAGAACUCCGGAUUCUCGACCUCAGCUACAACAAAAUUACAGAGCUUGCAAAGGGUACGUUCGUCGAUAUGCCAACUGUGCAAGUGAUUAACCUCAGCUACAACCAGAUUUCGAGAAUAGAGCAUGGGGCGUUCUUCAGACUCUCAACAUUGAACAAACUGGACCUUAGAGGUAAUAAGCUCAAUGAAUUUCAUGCAGACAUCUUCACAGAAUCCCCCACGAUGGAGCAUCUCAACGUAGCGCAAAACAACCUGACCUUCUUGGCAGAGAUGAUCUACAUUGCGCGCGCACUUCCGAACUUACGGAGCCUGGACGUCAGUAGAAAUCGGCUGACAUCAGCAAGUUUUGAGAACUUUGGAGGUCAUAGAAAGCUAGAGGCUUUAAAGCUGAAUCAUAACAAAGUGGGGAAGAUGAAUAAGGGAAUGUUUAAAGAUCUGCCUAAUCUGAGGGAACUAUACAUGAGUCACAAUUCCAUCAAAAAUUCUUAUGAAGGUCAGGUCUGGAAUCUUCCCAAACUGAGAGUUCUCGACAUCUCUCACAAUGAUUUAGAAAUAGUUGACGUCCUUCUCCUCGAGGGAAUCUCACAGCUCAGUACCCUUGACAUAAGCUUCAACAUGAUUGCUAACAUUGGUGAAAACGCUUUCACGGGUCUCACUUACUUGGAAAAUCUUAACAUAUCAUUCAACAGUAUAACAAAGAUACCUAAGAAUGCUUUCUCUGAUCUUGGAGAGCUCUUUGAAUUAGAACUAAGUUUCAAUGAACUGAUGUCAUUAGAAAGUGGGAUGUUCAAAGGUUUAACCUCCCUGCAGUAUUUACACAUAACACACAACCAAAUAGUGACCAUUGAAGAGGACGUGUUUUUAGACACACCAAACCUGAAGUUCCUUGAGCUGUCUUCAAAUUUUGUACAAAAUAUUCCCAAAGAAGCAUUGACGAAGCUCACUUCACUAGUUAUUCUCAAACUCGGCCAGAACGUCAUAAAUAAAAUUCCAGAGGGACAUUUGUCUGGGUUAAGGAUUGUGGAGCAUUUGGACCUUUCUAAAAAUCACAUUCAAACACUGAGUGAAACUGCCUUUCGAGACAUGAGUGUGCUUAGGGAUCUAGAUUUGAGUGCUAACUUCAUCCAGUCACUGCAUCCUGACAUGUUUUCCAACACGAAACUCCUCGAGAAGUUAAAUAUUAGUCAUAAUUACAUCUCGCAUCUGGGUGAGAGUACUUUUACCAAUUCCAAACGUCUGAGAAUCCUGGAUAUUACUAACAAUUCUCUAACUGAACUAGGUGAGGAAGUACGUGGCCUCCUAGCCCUGCAGGGCCUAUUCAUGAGCCACAACUACAUAAGCAGUUUGCAAAACACUACAUUUCAGGAUCUUCCCAACUUGAGCGUCUUGAAAUUCGAUAACAAUGGCUUGCAGACCUUUGAGCCUGGAACAUUUUCUGACAUGUCCUCCCUUGUAUCUCUUGACCUGAGGAACAACAAUUUGGUUGAACUGAAUCCUGAUUCAAUCAAGUCGCUGCGUGCGCUCAAGGAACUUCAGAUCAGUAAGAACCAGAUAUCCGUUGUGAAGGACUUUGCCUUUUCCGACCUCUCUUCUCUGCGAAGUUUAGAACUGCAAGAUAACGUCAUCACUGACAUAGGAGAUCACGCCUUCCUGAACAUGCCUUCUCUGAACUUCUUGAACCUGAGCCGUAAUGGUUUGCAGGAGGUUCCAUCAGAUGCUUUAGCCAGGCUGCCAUCUUUAGAUGUCCUAGAUAUGAGUGGGAAUUAUCUCCUCCACAUAAGAGAUGACAGUUUUCGCUGGCUUGAAUGGUUGACUGUCUUGAUGCUACACGACAAUGACCUAUGGCUGUCAGAUGGAGCAUUUGCUAAGCAGAAGGCCUUGAGAGUCCUCACCCUCAACAACAAUCAGCUGAGACGCCUCCACCUGAAGGCUCUAGGAAACACCAUCACUGGCCUCUCGCUCCUUGAUAUGAGUGGAAAUCCAUUCAAAUGCGACUGCGAGUUAGUGUGGCUCAAGGAAUACCUCAAUGAAGACCCUGACGACUACAGAAUUCCAAGGACGGCCAUCUUAGGGGAAUCCCUGAAGGGCAUCCCUGUUUGCGCCUCACCUUCCGAGUACGAAGGAUUACCCAUCACAGAGGUGCCAGUGGAAGCAUUUAUAUGUAGCAGUCGACUCAUUAACGAUGACAGAGAGAACUGUGUCCCCAGGUUCCUGGAUCCUCUGCUCUUCACUGCUGGACAUCCAGGAGGAGGAGCCUUGGACACAGGAGCAGUGAAUACUCUUCUGCACCUCACCAACCUUUCAGAUACGAUUCCUCAAGGUGCCACGGGACCUUCGUACCUCGAUGUUGACAACCCAAUUCAUGUCCAUAACCUCCACGACAUCGACCAUCUACAGAAGCCUACUAAAGUCACCACAUCUGAAAAGCCACCUGCUACGGCUGGAGCAGAGCAAAAUGUUGAAGCAGUGAAAUUACCGUCUAAUGAUCAAGACCCACAGCAACUUUUAUCAUCAUCCAGUAUUCAUACAGUGACUGGUGACACGCCAACUAUUUAUGCAGGAUCGAGUGGGACGAACCAUGUGGAUGAUGUCAAGACACAGGAUUCCAGUGGUGGUGGCCUCUUUAGUGGAAUUAAACUGCCCACUCUUCCCAACAUCCUGGAAUCCCUGAGCAACCUAAAUCUUCCUCACAUAGGUCUUAAUGUCAACUGGGCUAAUUUGCCAACGAUAGGUCGCCAAGAAUCUGGUUACAUAGCUGACUAUGACUCAGCAUCAGGCCCUGCUCCCCCGCCUGAAAUUGCUUCACUGCCCUUCAAUAAACCCAUGAAAGGACCUGAUGGUAACAAACCUAUUUGGAUUGAUGGCCCAGUCAGCCCUCACCCUCUGUUCCCUGCUCCACCCCCUCCACCUUCCAGACAAGACUUGCCUCCACCAUCACUGAAUAGAGGACCUUCUGCCAUUCCCAGUUCUGAUCAUAUUGUUGGUCUUGUUGCCCCUGCCAUAGAAAAUACCAAUAUUCCUGUAAUAGAAACUGCUGCUUCUCCAGAUUUCUCAAGCGGAAAUGAAGACGAUUCAAACUCUGGUAUUCCUGGAAAUAUAUUUCAUGUAGGAAGACCCACAAAUGUAUGGAGAACAAAGCCAAGUCCAGGGCAGACAGAGUCAUCAAGGCCAGGUGAGCAACCAAAUCAGAAUCAAAGGGGGAAACCGAGCCAACCAACAAAGACAGUUUUCCAAACAGCUACACAUACUGGACCAGGACCAAACUCUGGUACUCCCUUUUUACCAGGACUUCCUUCUCAUCAACAAAGACCGCCACAACUAGCGCAGCCAAUUGUUAUAAAUCAUGGCAACCCCCAGAUUACACGUGAUCCAUCUCAGUCAAUCCAUCCACCUCUGACAACUUCAAAUAUUGCAAAACCUCCAUCUCCAGUUGAUGUAUCCUCAGGUGCUCGAGGUACUGUGUGGGAUGGGCCACAAUGGUCCCACCCAGAGGUUAUUAAUCCCCAUUCAGGUGUUUCUCUUUACCAGCCAGGUGAACCCUUUCAGCCAUAUCAGCCUGAGGAUCCCAAUCAUCCAAUAACAGUGGUAGAAGCACCGGAUGUUUCAGUGUUACAUCAUGGAACACCAACUGUCCCACCUGCUUUUAUUGUAACCAAGUCUACAACUUUUUCUAUAUCAAGCCUCACCCCCAAGCCUCCCACAGAUAUGGCUCCUUCAGAGAGCCAGGUUUUAGAUGGAAAUCUUUCUUCUGGUACGCAGAAGGAGACACAGCUGGACAGGGCAACUUCAUUGUAUCCAGGCUUACCCGAGAGUGACGAAAUUUCUACCGUUUUAACACCUGGCUUAGAAAGUACUGUUAUUGACUUUUCUGCAAGUACUGUCACACCCACUGUUAUACCAGCGGUAUUUAGAGAUCAAGGCAAUCUAAAUAAUACCACAGAGCUCCCACUUGAGAUUCAGGCAAAUGCAUCAACAACCCAUAGUGUUUUAAAUACUGCAAAUUCAUCGCCUACCCUUGGGGAACUUCUUGAUUUGCUAUAUGCUGCUGAAGAAGGAGUACAAGAAGAACGAAACAGUGAAAAUAUCAAUCUGCCUGAUGUUAACAAUCUACCACUGACCACAACUCCUGAACCAUUCAUAUUUGCCUCCACACCAGAUACAAAUUCCAGCUUAGCUAAAACCCAAGAAUCACCUGUUUUCAUUUUGUCAACAACAGAAGAGCUUCCCCCAUUAGCUUCCUCAUCUACAUCUCCAUCAACAACAACAACAGCAACAGACUUUUUCUUCUCUACUGAAUCAACACCAACCAACAACACAGAUGAAUACAGUAAUCUGGAACCAGUUUCUGACAGCCCUCCUCUACCAGCCUUAAACACAUAUCCUCCCCAGCCAGCGUCUAACACCUAUCCUCCUCAGCAGCAUCUGACACCUAUCCUCCUCAAGCAGCAUCUGACACCUUAUCCCCCACAACCAGCAUCAGACAGCUAUCCUCCUCAGCCAGCAUCUGACACUUAUCCUCCUCAACCACUACCUGAAACCUAUCCUUCUCAGCCAGGAUCUGACACCUAUCCUCCUCAACCAGCCUCUGACACCUACCCUCAACCAGGUUUCGAAAACUACCCUCCUCAAACAGUCCCUGAAACGUAUCCCCCUCUCCUAGGAGAUGGAGUAACUGUUCUGAAAGAUUUGCCCCCCGAUGUUUCCCUUCAGUCUUCCAGUGACAACUUUCCAACAGAUGAUGCGACCCCACCAAACCAGCAGCAAGACUAUUAUGGCCCAUAUGCUGAUGAUAAUGAUAGUUAUCAGUCGCCAUUCGACCGCCCUCACGAAGAUAGCGAUUGGCCCUCCAAUUCGGAAAGAACCAUCUCAGAUUCCAGCACACCAACGAGGUAUCGACCAGGAUUUAUCGUUCCAGUGGACAAGUCUGGUGAUCCUCUUCCAGGAGCUCGUACACGGCCAAACAACACGUACAUCAGCCCGAGCAAGAGCAUCGGCCGAGGGGGCAUACCAACCAUCGAGCGCGUCGAGAUUCACAACAACCAGCAAGAGACCACCACCGGUGAAAAGGAGGUAACUGAACAAACGGAGGAGCUACCCCGAGACAGCGGGGCUAGUCUCAGCGGCUUCACCCAUGAAGAGGUAAUUCCCAACACGGAAUUUGACGCGAACAAUGGCAAUGCAAUCGACUGGUACUACAGUAAUUACUUCAGAGAAUAUGACCCUUACGCCCAGUUCCCCGUAGGCGGAAAUAAACCUAAAAGCAGUGCUGGAAUCUCCUGCGCAUCUUGUAUUGUUUAUAUCGCGUCUCUCAUUGGCAUAUGGCUUACGUGCGCCUUGUCCAGAUAAGUCACAAACCCUCUUACACAGAAUAAGAUGUUUUAUAAACGUCUUCGUGUUAUAUAUUAACUCUAGAACUGUCGUAUGUAUCAUGAACAUUAGGAGGGUUUUGAGAUUUUAAUAUAUGUUGUACAUACUAAAGUCAAGUGAAAUUAUAAAGAAAUAUGUAAUGUGUGAUAAACAUUUAACCGCGAGAGUAGCAAGAUGAACUGUAAAACAUAUUUUUUAUUAACAUAAUCUUCCACCAAACGAGUUUGGAAGUGGACACAUCAAAUUACCUGGAAAUUUCCUCUGAUUUAUUUAAUGCCUUCUCUAAUCACCACUUUUGGCUCUGUUGAUCGAAGUGAUGCUUUAGCCAUUCAAAUUUCUCUUCAUAGUUGCACACAUAGACCACGAGGUCUGAAUUCAAGACUUGUGAGCCGUUCCAGAGGCAAAUCCCGUCUAGUACUAUUACUAUAACUGCAUCUGCCUUACUAUAUUUAAGUUUAGCCGAUUUGUGUACAUAAUGUGGCUGUGCAAGACUAUGCACAGGUCAAAUCAAGACUCAAGUAUAUAGGCUAAAGUAUAUAGUGUCUGCCUUUUCAGAUUAUGAUAGUAAUACGAAAACACUCAAAUGGCAAGUAACUUUGAUUGGCAUUUUCCUUUGCGUCGUGUCAGUUGGUAGGUACGAAUCCAGAGGUCCAUCCAAGACCUUUAAUACCCCCUAACACUUCAUGGACACCUGUGUGCAAGGGACUUAUAGCUGGCUGAAGAUCGGAUUAUGAUCUAAACCCACCAACUUUCCCUUCACCUUUGUGUGUAUGUUUGUAUGAGUGCAUGAGAUUCAGAAACAUGCACGAGCUCACAAAAUGCACGUACACACACAUACGUAUAUGCAUAUACUGUAUAUGUAUGUAUGUAUGUAUACUGUUUAUUCCCCUUUGGAAGAAGGGUGCCAGAAGAUUAUACAACCUUCUAGCUUCUAAGAUCUUUAGUCAUUAAGUUGCUAACCACCCAUGAUCCCAUCCAUUUUUUCUUCACUCAGCAGAUUCUGAUACCCAGUUACCACAGACCAUAUACCUACCUUUUAUAGCGACUUGAUUAAGAGAGAGAGAGAGAAAAACUGCUUUUGCUUUCCUUAUUGAGACGAGAUGAUGGGUCUAGUGCUCCUUCUUGUAAACUGAGUAUGCAUUUGCCUCUUUGAUACGCCAGGCCAGGGUAACAGAAAUAAAAAUGACUGGUGUUCCAGUAUUUUUUUUGUUAAAUCCAAUCAGUCAUUCUUAUGAUAUAUAUAUUUCUUUAGCUUUGAAUGGGAAGUACUGUCGUGAAAAAUUAACCAUUUUAAAAACCUUACGCAAUCAGGAAGCUGAGGAGGAAUUGGGUGUGUCCAUUUCUAAUGUAAUUUUACUUCACACUGUGAUAGAAUUUAUAUAAUAAAAUCUUAUAUUA